AUAAAUCUUAAAAAAUUUUCAGCACAAAAAGUGUGGCAAAAAUUAAUAACAGCGAGCACUAAAAGUAAUCAAGCACGAAAGUUCCGAAAGCAACAACUAAAACAAUCGCUGCAGUACAUUAAUACACGACAACAACAACACAAAGCGAAGCUAUUAAAUUUGCAAAUUUACGCGAGAUUUCAUAAGAAAUAUCAUAACUGUUAUGCCUCAGCAUACAUCCACACACUUACACGCAUACAUAAUUAAAAAGUUCACAAAAACCGAAGAUAUGAGCGACGUUUAGGAAAAAUGAAAUAAAAAGCAGCAAAACAUAAAAAAUUUCAUACAAAAAAAAAAUGCAGUAAAAAACUACAACAGUGUAAAAGAAAGAAUAAACCAAAGAAGAAGCAGAAACCACUAAGAAUUCUCCUCCUGCUUUAACAGCGAAAAAUUUCAACAAAAGAAAAUUCAAUUUAAAACGCGUUAAAACAUUUUCGCCUUAUCCGCGAGUUUGUGUUGGUGCAGUUAUUUAGAGCAAGACCGAGAGAGAGAGAGAGAGAGAGAGAACGAAAAAAAAUCGCGCAAACAACAGUAAAAAGCAAAGAAAACGUGUGCAAGUUCUCUCAUCAACUGAACAUAUUCAAAGUAAAGAUAAAAGGUGCACGGAAAAGAAAGAAAAACGCCGAUUUUCGAUAUUUUUCUAAAGUCAUCCGCUUUGUGAGUCUGGCAGGACAAUAAAAAUUUGUGGAAAUAAGACAAAACUGCAUGCAUACUUAGAAAUGUUUUGAGUUAUGUGGUUUUAUUAGUACAUAAUACUAAUAUAUCAAAUACACACAUAAUCGAACGAACAGCAGAAAAACAUCAGUUAAAUCAAGCACUGAAUGACUGUUAUUGAAAAAAGAGAGAUAUUCAAGUAGCUACUCCAAUAGUGGAAAAUAAGAAAAAAAAAAACAAACUAAGCCACAGCAACAUCUGUUGAAUGCCAAUAAAAUCGAUUUUAAUUGCCGGAGCGACAGCAAAAAAUAAGCCAACGAAUAAAUAUGCUUUCACACACAUACCAACCCAUAUUAAUAUGCUUAAAUAGCGAUUUAGAUUUUUUGCCCGAGAAUAAUAAAGGAUAUUAAAACCUUAUCUAAGUCAAUUGAAGGGUGAGCGGAUAGAGAACUAAGUGAGAGGGCAGCCAGCUCUUCAAAUAUAAGCAAUAAUUGUUGUCCAACCUCUGUUACUGCAUUCAAGCUCAACAUAAGUGUCUGCCAACACAACGCCAAACAUGGCAGUGUCCAUCGAUGAAGGCGUGCUUAGCGCCUUACGAGGCAUAACGAGCAAGAAUACGCGUCUACCCAAGCCGCUGCUCGUCAAAGUUUAUGUGUCCAGCUUGAAGGAAGAAUUUUGCCAAGAGCGACGCAUGCUUUUGGAAUUGGUUGGACCAGAGCUACAGUCCAUUUACGAUGAUCGACAAAUUGAGAUUGAAAUCGUCGACAUGCACUUCGGCACUGGUCCCUUAAAUAUAAUACAAGUCGAACAAGAUCCAUAUAUAUUAAAGGAUUAUCUACAUGAAAUUGAGACUUGCUACAACAACUCGAAGAGUGUAUUUUUUCUGGCGCUUAUCGGCGAUAAUAUCGGUCCCAUGCCAUUACCAACACACAUUGAUGAAGACAUCUACACAGCCAUUCUUCAGCAGACACAAACGAGUGACGAUGAACGCAAUUUACUGCAAAAGUGGUAUAUAAGAGCUCAAGGUGGCGGAGGAGGAGGAGUUGUUGGUGGCGAAAUAGACACAAAAAAUGCCAACAACAGCAGCAGCGGCAGCGACCAAAAUACCACAGUUGGCACACAUAUACAAUAUGUGCUCAAGCAGGACUAUCGCUCCAUGUUACUCGAACAUUGGCACGAGGAGUACGUGAAACUAAAUGAUGUAAUAGAGCGUUCGCUACGGUGUAUUAAAGAGAAUACAAGUCAAGCCGGAGCAGACGAUUUUUUACAGCGUGUACAAAACCUGAGAGCAACACAGCUCGAACGGGAGGUGCAGCGUGCAUUGGAACUUUCAAAUGACAAAAUUCUGGCUGUGUUUCGUGAAUGGUCCUCACAAUUGAGUACCAAAAAUGUGGAAGCUGGCGAACGGUUGCGGAAAAUGAAAGAUGAACUUACUAUGAAUUUAUCCUCCGACAAUUAUACAACUCUUGUUGUCGCUGGCAAAUCGAAUGAGCGCAGCAUCGAUCCGGAUAAUGAUGAUCAUGAGACCUAUUUGAGUAAAUUUAAAAAUAAAGUGUUUGAUAAAUUACGCUUUCUCAUUGAAGAGCACAUAACCAAUGAUCCUGAUGUCACCAAGGGGAGACGAAAGACUGUGCAGGAAAUUUUCCACGAACAUGCCACACAUUUACGCAUUCUCCGCGAACAUCACAACUCCGCUGCACUCGCCUCGAGCAGCGUGCCUGAUCGCCUGCGCCAGAAUUUAUUGGCGAAUUUCCGCAAUGGCAGUCGUCAUGCGCCCUACUUCAUUUACGGUCCACAUGGCAGUGGCAAGAGUGCGCUCAUUGUUGAUUUGUAUCAACAGUGUAAGGAUUGGUUCAGUUCAACGCGUGUCUAUCGGGUUAUGCGUUUUGCCGCUGCCUCGCCGCGGUCCGCUUAUAAUUUGGAAUUGUUGCGUGUAAUUUGCCAACAAAUAUCCAUCAUUUAUGAUAUACCCGAGGGUUAUUUGCCCAAAGAUGCCUCAUUCGAUCCGGUCUAUAUAAAUAGUUGGUUCCAGAACUUGCUGCGUCGCAUUGAGGAUAUGAAUAAUGAUAUAUUUUUCAUAUUCAUCGAUGAUCUACAAUUACUGAAUCCUCUCGAUUGUGAUGUGGUGGCGGCUUUAUCGUGGUUGCCCACCUCAUUACCAUGGAAUGUGCAGCUUAUUUGUUCCACCACCACACCGAUUGAUCAAUUACGUUUUACACCUAUGCAACGGGAUCGUUUUAAGUCGGCGGAAUUUCUUUUCGAUUUGUCAAUGGAGGAGAAUCGUACAGUGUUGCAUAAGCCGUUGGCUAUGGCUGCGGGUUUGCCGAAUAUUUCGUUUACCGACUUUGUAGCGCAUGAGUUUGAUCGCUUGGAGGAGCGUUAUGGCAAGAGAUGUGUGUCGCGUUUGGCUGGUUACAUUACUUGUUCGGAGUUUGGUUUGUCCGAAACGGAGCUGCUGGAGUUGGUCAUGCUUACCGAUGAUCCGGAGGCAUUUGUCGAUACGGAGCAUGGAAAUUUCAAUUUUUCCACAUUCAAACAAAUACACAAUGAUAUGAAUUUUCUACUUCGUGAUAAAAUCAUGUCCGGCAAAGUACUGCUUCAGUGGCGUCAUAGUUAUUGUGCUGAACUCUCAAGGAAACGUUAUAUGGAUGCGCAGAGUACACGUGCCAUGCACAUAGCUAUUGCAAAUAUAUUUUUCCAACAUGAAAAUGAAGAUAACGACGUUAGCACAAGUGAGAAUGCGUCAGGGGAAUGUGACAAGCAGUCAGUAAUCAGUCAAAGGGAGAGAGAAAGCAUUUUGGCAGCGGAACGUAAAUCCUCAUCACAUCACAAUGAUGACACAUCUACCUUUUAUAAUCCCAUCGCCGCUGACGUCUCGUAUAGUAUGCGUCAUGUGGAAGAGAGUUGGCAUCAUUUGAUGCGUUCCGAUGACAUUGCGAAAUUCAAACAGAUUGCUGUUUGCAAUUUCGACUUUCUACUGGCGGCGGUUCAAACCGUCUCUAUUAGCUAUUUACGUUGCCUCAUCGAGCAUGUGCGCUGUUAUUUGUUGGAUCGCGAUAUUGAACUGAUCUAUUAUACAAUACGCAAAUCGAGCGAUGUACUCACACGCGAUCCCAUGCAACUUGGCUCACAGCUCAUCUCUUGGCUACGGCCAAUCAGUGAACAUGACGAAAAUGAUAAUUCCUUGCUGAGCAUAACGGUGCGCUCAGCGACCGCCUGGUGUGACGGCUAUACAGUGCCAUUACUUGUGCCACUUACCGGCUGGCUACCGGCGACCUUACCCUCGCAGAUACGCGUCAUGACCGUGACCGGCACUGGACAGGUGCGUGAUGUUUGUGUCUCGUCGUCGAAACAGCAUCUCAUAUUGGCCACCAAAUCGGGUGAUGUACAGUUAUGGCACAUAAUGAGCAACUCGCUAGAGCAUAUAUUCAAGGGUCACACCGCAGCAGUCACGUGCCUCUUGGUCGCUCCGCAAUCUGAUAUCCUGCUGACUGGCUCCGAGGAUAACACGGCGCUGGUGUGGAACGUGACAACGCGUGUGUUGAAGGCUCACAUCAAGUCGCAUGCGGGCAUUGUUACGUGUGUCGCAUCUGGCGUCAAUAAUACGCUGGCCAUUAGUGGCAGUGAGGAUUCGACAAUCGCUAUUUCAGAUAUAAAUAGUGGGCGAUUGCUUCAUAAAAUCACACAUCAUCGCGCUGCGGUGACAAGCGUUAAGGUGAGCAACGCUUGUGACGUACUUAUCUCAUCGAGUCGUGAUAAGACAAUUUGUUUGUGGUCCUUGGACGAUUACAGCUUGUUGAAUAGCAUGCAAAUGUGUAGUCCUGUACGUCGAAUUGACAUUUCAUGUGAUUCGGUCUUUCUACUGGCGCAUUGUGAAGAUAAUGUGCUUUACUUACGCACAUUGGCAACUGGCAAGGAGCUGCACGCACUCAAAGGUCACAAGUCACAGCUUCACGCCAUCUCCAUUGCUAAGGACAGCCAACGGGCCGUUGUCGGUGGCGAGGAUACACGUGCGCUCAUUUACGACAUGCACUCCGGUCGCUUGAUACGCUCCAUGCCACCCAAUCCCGGUUCGAUUACAGCUCUUUAUAUAAUGGAUAAUGACGAUUUCCUCAUCACAGUUGGCGGUAAUAAAAUCACCUUCUAUUCAUUCCGUAACGAGGAACUCUACGUACAUCCGUACUCGCAUAACCAACGUAGAAAACGAUCAUUGAAACGCGCACAACAAUCGCAACGUUCGCCGUCGACCACUCUACCACCGAUAACUUGUUUCGAUAUAUCACGCGAUUCACAAUUGGCGGCGAUCGCUUCGAGUCGCAGCGUACACAUUGUCAAAAUCAAUACACCCGAAUAUCAGACAACACUGGACGGGCACGCUGCACCGGUGACAUGUGUGAAUUUUGCGCCGAAUGGCGAGUUUUUAGCUACGGGCUCAGAUGAUCGUACUGUUAAUGUGUGGAAUUUGUCGUUGAGUGAGAUCUCGAAUACAUUUAAGGGUCACACUGCAUCGAUUUGCUGUGUUGUAGUGCUUAUGGAUUCACGUCGUGUCAUCUCCAGCGAUCAUGAUUCAAUGACGUACGUAUGGCUAGCUGAAGGUGGUAAUCUACUACAAACAAUACAGGGUCCAUACAAAUAUUUGGCUGCAACUAAUAAUAUGAAGUUCGCGAUCUCCACAAAUGGUGACAACACCCUGAAGAUCUGGUCACUAACACGUGAAGACGAGAAAUAUACAGUAUCCCAUUCGGACGAGAUCACAUGCUUCACCAUUACGGCCGACAGUUUAUACAUUAUAACGGGUUCGCGUGACAUGUCACUAAAGGUUUGGCAAGCGACAGGCGGUAAGCUGGCGCAAGUGUUGGUAGGACAUACGGAUGCGGUUAAUUGUGUUGCCGUGUCGGUAACAAAUAAAACACAAGUUAUCUCCGGCUCGAAGGAUACCAAUCUUAUCAUAUGGGAUCUGCAUACCGGCGAAGAGUUGCACACAUUGGCCGGACAUUUAGGACCAGUUUUGGGUGUGAAAGUGUCGGCAGAUGGCUCCACCGCAAUCUCAGGCAGUGACGAUAAGACACUAAUUGUGUGGGAAACUAAACGCGGUUUGGCGCUUACUUCAUUACAAAUGCAUGUGCCCUUCCAACGUUUCGACAUCAGCCUAGAAUGUUCACGUAUUUUGGUACAAUUAUUGGAGAGCUUCAACUUGCCUGUCAUUUGUCUGCACAAUACGCCUGCGCAAUAUGUUAAACUACCUACAUACUCGGCACCCGCUGCGGAUAAUGAAGACCUACGACCGCAGGCACCGAAACGUCCGAUGAAACGUCUACUAAAGAAGGAGGUAUCCUUGGAUACAUACACGUGGCAAAAGAAAUACGGUCAUCUAACAUCAUCGGUUAUGAUGGCACAGGUAGAUGAACGUCUGAAGCGUCGCUUCUCUGUCUCAGCUAGCAUGGAGGAAAUCUCGAAAAUCGGCGAUAAGAAAACAAUCACAUCCCAAACGAAUUUGGGUCCCGAGCAAGCUGCUUUGGCUCAAUCACAGCAUUUCGAUCAGUUGGAAGCGUUAUGGAAUAAACGUUCGCCGCCGCGAAGGCGUCACAAUGCGGGACUCUCCCGGCAAACAUCACUCGUUGAGGAUCGCCUCGAGUCAUCCGAUGACGAUGAGUAUCAUGACGAGCGUACAGUGCAUUCAAAAACCAGCUCGCGUAAUUCCCUGCAACAACCCAUUAUUUAAGGAGCACCCAAAUCCGACAACAAUAUAUUAAAUAUGUAAAAGCCAGCAACCCAACUGAAACACAUUUUAACCAAUAGAAAUAUACUUAUAUGCAUAUAUUUAAAAAAUAAAUAAAUAAAUUUAAGUUAAUUUAGUAAUAAAGCAACAACCACCUACACAUACUAAAAGUUAUUUGUUGUAAAUGAGUGUUGUGUUGAAAAAUAAAAAUAAAAUUAAUACAAUUCUCACCUUAACACUACCCACUUGUGUAGUUCCUCAACGCGUGUCGUCGUAAUAAGCCUGCGCGCCGUACCCAAUACCUAAAAUGUUACUCACAUACUAGUGCCACAAUGAGACUACACUUAUUUACGUUUUUUUUAUUAGCUAAACACUUUUAAAAUUUUGUUCAUUAAUUUUUUUUAGAUGAAUUUGAUGACCUUAUCAGAGCUACACUUCAGUAAAUUCCCAGUUUCUAAAUAUUUGUAGUAAAAAAACAAAAAUAUAUUAAUAAUUCAAGGAACAACAUUUUUCGGAAAUUUACCUCAAGAAUAUGCUGAAAAUAUAUACUCUUUAUAUUUUUAAGCAGCUAAGCAGUUAA